AUGCGCAAGGGAUACAAUUUGCUGGUAUCGACAGGCGAAAUGAUGGGUGGGAAGUCGAAUGCGAUCAGUGGGCUCAUUUCCAAGUACUUGAGCAACGUUUUGGCAGCACUUACGGUCGUGACAUGUGACCCUCAGGCGACCUCGAUGGAGCUGUGUAACCAAGCAAUGAAGAACUUGACGAUCAAGAGCGCGUUGCCGUCGCAGACAAAGCCGCUUGUGGGGAACUUGUUUUUCCACGGAAUUUCCAUGCAUGCUCCACCAAAAGACAAGGAGAACGAUAUGAUACGGCUUGAUACUGCUGUCUUAGUGGAGGCAACCAGUCCAUUGGGGCUUCAUUCAUCAUUGACUAUCACGGACGUGCGGAUGAACGUGAAUCUUACUGGCGUGGACGAGGCUCCAAGAAAACUGUCAGCUGUGUCGCUACAGCCGGAUCGACUUGCAGCUGUAGAAGCGAAUUAG